UGUUGCUUGCUGGGGGAGGGGGAGUCUGUCCAGCAGAAUCUCUCUCCAAUGGGAAGGUUUUUGUUACAGUAGUUUGUUUUUGUACUGACUUUCUCUAACAACAGGAAAAUAAAUGAAGUUUUUACAGAAAAAAACAAAACAAAAUUAUUUUCUGUCUCUCUUCUGACAGUCACCAGCUGACCAAAACGUAUGCUCUUGAAAUAAAAAAAAAGAUUAACUUUCUUAUAGCCGAUGAACUAAGUAGGUAGUUACUUUGGACCAGUAACAAUGUGACAGUUAAUGAAUUUUAAUUUCCUGUCUACACUGAAGAAUCCAACAAAGAUGUAAGUAAAUAAGUAAGUAAAUAACUUACUGAAGAAGACAUUGCUUUAAGUUUUAAGCACAUUUGCUUCAGAAAAGAAGUUUUAGAUCGGGGUAUAAAAAGUUACUCUGUCUCACCUGCUUUGAAAGUAAUGGUAAGCGUUUUGGUCGGUUUAUUUUCAGAGACGGUUGUAUACAGGCUGCGGGCGACUCAAGAGCCAUUCGCAAGCAAUUUUCAGGAGCAUCUUUUGAAAAAGUCAUUGAUUGUUCAGGAAAAUGCAUCUUACCAGUUGGCAGGAGCUUCCUAUAUGGAUAUUCAUGAAGCAGGAGGAGGGAUACAUUUCACCGUGGAGCACACUCGGAAUGCCUUAGAAGAUGAGCUCUUCAGCAGCUUCAGACACCGGCUGCUACGCAUGCUCAGAGCAGGCUCCACUUUGGUCGAAUGCAAAAGUGGAUAUGGGUUAAACCUGGAAACGGAAGUUAAGAUGCUGAGAGUGAUUGAACGGGCUCGGAGGGAGUUGGACAUAGGCAUUUCCUCUACUUACUGCGGAGCUCAUUCUGUUCCUAAGGGAAAAAGUGCCAUUGAAGCCACAGAUGACAUUGUUAGCAUCCACCUUCCUAAACUGAAGCAACUGGAGCUUAAUGGUGAGAUUCAUAUUGACAAUAUAGAUGUUUUCUGUGAGAAGGGAGUCUUUGAUCUGCCUUCAACCCGAAGAAUUCUUCAGGCUGGGAAAGAUUUAGGGUUACAGAUCAACUUCCAUGGGGAUGAACUGCAUCCAAUGAAAAGCGCUGAGCUUGGAGCUGAACUAGGAGCUCAGGCUGUCAGCCAUCUAGAAGAAAUCAGUGAUGAAGGUAUUGCUGCAAUGGCCCAGGCGAAGUGUGCAGCAGUCCUGUUACCAACCACUGCCUAUAUACUGAGAUUAAAGCAGCCUCAAGCUAGAAAAAUGUUAAAAGAAGGAGUGAUUGUCGCUCUUGGCAGUGAUUUUAACCCAAAUGCUUAUUGCUGUUCCAUGCUCAUGGUUAUGCACCUGGCCUGUGUAAACAUGAAGAUGUCCAUGAAAGAGGCUUUAGCUGCUGCCACCAUCAAUGCAGCUUAUGCUCUUGGGAAAUCGCACAUGCAUGGCUCCAUAGAAACUGGCAAGCAAGGAGACCUCAUUAUCAUCAACUCACCAAGGUGGGAACACUUGAUUUACCAGUUCGGCGGCCAUCAAGAACUGAUUGAAUACGUAAUUGUUAAAGGAAAAGUUGUUUAUAAAAACGACAAUGUUCUGGGCUACUGAGGAAUUCCAGAAAGAAGAAAUACAGCAGUUGCCAGACUCUCUGAAGCAAUCACAGGAUGAUAAUCAGCAGGGUCUCCCAUCUGUAAGAUCAUACUUCCUUACCAGACAAAGCUCAAGAAUUUCACUGGUUUUUAUUUUAGUUUUUCCUUUGUAUUUGCACGAGGAACACUAGGCCAUGUUCUUCUGCCUGGUAGUUUCAUGGCCAGCCAGACAAUAAACCUACUCGUAUGCAAACAAUUAACUUGGUUGUUUUUUU